AUGUCAGUGUCGGGCAAGAAAGAGUUUGACGUGAAGCAGAUCCUGCGGCUCCGCUGGAGGUGGUUCAGUCACCCUUCGCCAGGCGCCCCCGGGCCCGGAGGCUGCCUGCAGCAGGAAGGAUAUGAGCACAGAGGGACCUCGGGGCAGAGCCGGCUGAAGAGCCACUCGCGGGACAGGGGCAACGGGCUGAAGAAAAGCAGCGCCAACAGUCCUGGCCACCAGAACAUCCUGGCCCCGGUGCCAGGACCAACCCCUGCCCAUCAGAGAGCCAUUCAAACGUGGCAUCAGCAGAACCUAAUCGAACAUUUCCGAGCCAAUGAGGACAUUCCGAAAGCAAGCCCGGAGGAGAAUCUGGUCAAAGAAGGGGCAGAGGAAAACCCCCCGAAUUUGCAGAUGAGUACUGACGAGAACGCAGAGGACUCUUCGGAGAGAGCCCAAACAGGCUAUUGGGAAGAUCUAAAUGCCGGGAGAUCUGAGGAAUAUUUCCAUUCCACCAAUCAUGCAGAGCAGACUAUCCGCAAAAUGGAAAACUACCUCCAGCAGAAACAACUUUGUGAUGUGUUCCUUAUUGCUGGACAACACAAGAUUCCAGCCCACAGGCUUGUGCUGAGUGCUGCAUCAGACUAUUUUGCUGCAAUGUUUACUAAUGAUGUGCUGGAAGCCAAACAAGAGGAGAUCAAGAUGGAGGGAAUCGACCCAGAUGCACUCAAAGCUUUGGUGCACUAUGCUUACACAGGUGUGUUAGAACUGAAGGAAGACACCAUAGAAAAUCUACUGUCUGCAGCCUGUCUCCUCCAACUUUCUCAAGUCAUUGAAGUAUGCUGCAAUUUCCUUAUCAAGCAGCUCCAUCCCUCUAACUGCUUGGGGAUCCGUUCAUUUGGCGAUGCACAGGGAUGUCUGGAUCUCCUGAAGGUGGCGCACAACUACACGAUGGAACACUUUGUAGAGGUGACAAAGAACCAGGAAUUUCUCCUACUUCCAGCUAAUGAAAUUGCAAAACUCCUGUCUAGUGAUGACAUUAAUGUGCCAGAUGAAGAAGCUAUAUUUCAAGCUUUAAUGAUAUGGGUGCAGCAUGAUUUUCAGAACAGACAAGAAGACCUGGGAAUGCUUCUAUCUUUAAUUAGGCUGCCAUUACUUCCACCACAGCUGCUGGCCGACCUUGAGAAUAAUUCUAUGUUCAUGCAAAAUCUGGAAUGUCAAAAGCUCCUGAUGGAAGCUAUGAAGUAUCAUCUCUUGCCAGAGAGAAGGUCCAUGAUGCAGAGUCCUCGCACCAAGCCACGAAAAUCUACAGUUGGGGCCCUGUACGCUGUGGGAGGCAUGGAUGCGACCAAAGGCACCACCACCAUUGAAAAAUAUGACCUUCGUACAAAUAGUUGGAUACAGGUUGCCACCAUGAAUGGCCGCCGGCUGCAGUUUGGAGUAGCGGUCAUUGACAACAAGCUCUACAUUGUGGGUGGAAGAGAUGGCCUAAAAACUUCAAACACUGUGGAAUGUUUUAAUCCAGUGUCCAAAAUCUGGUCCAUCAUGCCUCCUAUGUCAACUCAUAGACAUGGUUUGGGGGUGGCCAUGCUUGAAGGACCCAUGUAUGCUGUUGGUGGCCAUGAUGGAUGGAGCUAUCUUAACACCGUAGAGAGAUGGGACCCUCAGGCACGGCAGUGGAAUUACGUUGCUAGCAUGUCAACUCCGCGGAGCACAGUAGGAGUCGCAGCGUUGAACAGCAAGUAUGACCCCAAAACAGACGCAUGGACAACAGUAGCACCUUUGAGUGUCCCUCGUGAUGCCGUUGGUGUCUGCCCUCUUGGAGAUCGCCUGUAUGCCGUGGGAGGAUACGAUGGACAUUCAUAUUUGAACACAGUCGAGUCAUACGAUGCGCAGAAUAAUGAAUGGACAGAGGAAGUUCCUGUUAAUAUCGGAAGAGCUGGAGCUUGCGUGGUGGUUGUGAAACUGCCCUAAGGAGAUCCGGAAAACAGAAAAACGAACCAGAGUAGGAGGAGAUGGGGAAGAAACUGGACACAUUGGAAGUAGGAGCUGGGCUCAUUUGGACCUAGCUACCAAAUGGCCAAUCCUAUCAAACUCGAUAUACAAUUUAAAGCUAAAUUUAGGGUUUCUUGAUUUUCCAUGCAGUAAUUAUACAUGACAGCCACCUAAAAGUGUUGCCACAGUUGAUUCAUA